UAGAAGUAAUUUGCAUCUAACGAAAUAUUCGGGUUUUGUUGUUUUCCAACAAAUUCACUGAUUCUCAUUAAUAAUCCUUAUUUAUCAUGUAUUUAGUAAGUGCCGUGUCACGCCGUGCAGUGAUAUCGACAGUGAGCUGCACAAGAAAGUGUUUAUAUAGUGGCAAAAGUCUCAGAACUGUGUCAACAUGGAAUCUAACCUCAAAUAUCGACCUUUGGAGGCAAGGAAAAGUGCCCUUUAUCUUGAGCCAGAACAGGGAACUACUGAGGGAUGGUGUCAGGCUGAGAGCCACUGCGGUUCCCCAGAGGUUCUGCACAAAUAGAGCCGCUGACUCAGAUUCGGAUGAGCCUCCGGAGGAGGCGCCUGAGGACAUCCUCUCAACACAUUUGCCAGCAACAGUGGCGAUUCCUGAGGUGUGGCCCCACUUGCCGGUAAUUGCCACGCGGAGGAAUCCAGUGUUUCCACGAUUUAUGAAGAUUAUCGAGGUCACAAAUCCCCUCCUAAUCGACCUGAUAAGGCGGAAAGUGAAGCUGAAUCAGCCUUACGCUGGUGUCUUCCUCAAGCGCGACGACGAGAACGAGAGCGAGGUCGUGGAGAAUCUCGCGGACAUUUACGAUGUGGGAACGUUUGCUCAGAUCCAGGAGAUGCAGGAUCUCGGGGACAAACUUCGGCUUGUCCUCACUGCUCAUCGAAGGAUAAAAGUCGUGGGACAACUGUUUGAGGACUUGGAUUCACCGCAGGGCAAAGACAUGAAACUCAAUUUUCCGAUGUUUAAUGUGAAAAUGCACGUGUCAGCUGAGGAACCGGACGCCGAGAAGAGGAGACGCAAGCACCGAGUGCAGAGGCUGAUCAAGCAAGUGCGCAAUGCUAACAACGAUUCGCCUAGUGAGACCGAAGUGAAGUCCCUGGAGGAGGCGGAGAAGGCGAAAGAGGCCAAGCGACGACCGCUGGUGGAGGGAGAGAAGCAGCCUGUGCUGAUGGUGGAAGUAGAGAACGUGAAGCAGGAAGCCUUCAAACAAACAGAGGAAGUGAAGGCUCUCACGCAGGAGGUGAUCAAGACCAUUCGCGACAUCAUCACCAUGAAUCCUCUAUACAGGGAGAGCCUCCAGCAGAUGCUGCACCAGAACCAGAGGGUCGUGGACAAUCCCAUUUACCUCUGCGAUCUGGGAGCCUCGCUCUCAGCGGCAGACUCGCCAGAGCUGCAAGCCAUUUUGGAGGAAAUGGACAUUCCAAAGCGUCUUCUGCUGUCUCUCUCUCUGCUGAAGAAGGAGCUGGAGCUGUCGAAGCUGCAGCAGAAGAUUGGGCGCGAGGUGGAGCAGAAGGUGAAGGAGCAGCAUCGCAAGUACAUUCUGCAGGAGCAGCUGAAGGUGAUCAAGAAGGAGCUGGGCAUUGAGAAGGACGACAAGGAUGCCAUUGGGGAGAAGUACCGCGAGAGGAUCAAGGAGAAAAUCGUUCCACCGGCAGUGUCGGCUGUGAUUGAGGAGGAGUUGAACAAACUCAACUUCCUAGAGAGUCACAGUACGGAGUUCAAUGUGACGAGGAACUACCUGGAUUGGCUGACUUCCCUGCCCUGGGGCGUGAUGAGUGAGGAGAAUCUGGACUUGGAUCGCGCCACAGAGAUCCUGGAUGCCGAUCACUAUGGCAUGGAAGACAUCAAGAAGCGGAUCCUGGAGUUUAUUGCCGUGAGUCAGCUGAGAGGCUCGACGCAGGGGAAGAUUCUGUGUUUCCACGGGCCGCCGGGCGUGGGAAAGACGAGCAUUGCGCGGUCAAUUGCGAGGGCACUCAACAGGGAGUAUUUCAGGUUCAGUGUGGGCGGCAUGACGGAUGUGGCGGAGAUCAAGGGACACCGGAGGACGUACGUGGGAGCGAUGCCGGGGAAGUUGAUACAGUGCCUGAAGAAGACACAGACGGAGAAUCCACUGGUGUUGAUUGAUGAGGUGGAUAAGAUCGGCAGAGGUUACCAGGGAGAUCCGCAAGCGGCGUUGCUUGAGUUGCUGGACAAGGAGCAGAACAAGAACUUCCUGGAUCACUACAUUGACGUUCCUGUUGACUUAUCGCAUGUCCUGUUCAUUUGUACAGCCAACGUUUUGGACACCAUCCCGGAACCACUGCGGGAUCGCAUGGAGAUGAUCGAGAUGUCAGGAUAUGUGGCUGAGGAGAAACUGGCAAUUGCCAAGCAGUACUUGAUUCCUCAGGCGAUGGAAGAGAGUGGCUUGAAGAACGAACAGAUUGCUAUUCGGGACGAGUCUCUGUUGAAGUUGGUAAAGAAUUACUGCAGAGAGUCUGGCGUGAGGAAUCUGCAAAAGCACAUUGAGAAGAUCAUCCGGAAAGUGGCGUACAAGGUUGUGCGCAAGGAGGCUGAACAUCUGGACGUGACAGAGGAGAGCUUAUCCACGUAUGUGGGAAAGCCCAUCUUCACGCAAGAUCGCAUGUACACAGACACGCCGGCGGGAGUUGUGAUGGGCCUGGCGUGGACAGCGAUGGGAGGAUCAACGCUGUACAUCGAGACGGCCAAGAGGAAGUACCUGGAGGCUCCGGAGAAGACGGACAAGGGCGGUCCAGGUGAUGGUUCGCUGCAAUUGACGGGCCAUUUGGGGGAUGUGAUGAAGGAGUCUGCUAGAAUAGCCCUGACAGUGGCGAGGAAUUAUAUUCAUGACAUUGACAAGAAGAAUGCCUUCCUGGAGAGUGAACACAUUCAUCUCCACGUGCCCGAGGGAGCCACACCGAAGGAUGGACCCAGCGCUGGCAUCACGAUAACCACUGCCCUGCUCUCCCUGGCGCUCAAUCGUCCCGUGAGGAAGGACAUCGCGAUGACUGGAGAGGUUUCCCUCACGGGAAAAGUCUUGCCAGUCGGAGGAAUCAAAGAGAAGAUCAUUGCGGCCAAGAGAACAGGCGUGACGUGCAUAAUCCUCCCGGAUGAGAACAGGAAGGAUUUCACGGAAUUGCCUGACUACAUCAAAGAGGGACUGGACAUCCACUUUGUGGAUAAGUACGAGGAUGUGUUCAGGAUUGCCUUUCCCCAGUAAAGCGAAGUCAUAUUGUGGUGUUGGCAAUAAAAGAAGAGUGUUAACUAACUA